GUCGGCUGUUCGUCGUCGUCUCUGUAAAAACUAACAGCCAUGUCGUCGAGCUCAAGAACAGUGUCCGGAGAAGAAGGCCUGAUGGCGGGAGAAUCCUCUCUUUGCGAUAUGACGCAGACUGUUCGUUUCUCCUCCGGAAACCCUAGGAUAGGGGAAACCCAUGGCGUCAUGCAUCUCUUCUCUGACGAUUCCGUUUCGUCUUCGUCGUCGUCUUCUUGCUCCCCCUCAUCCUCCUCCUCGAACCUCCCGAUAGGAAGGAAUCCUCUUGUUUGCGUGCUCGGUGUUCCGAACCACAUGACUUAUGCAGAUUUUUGCCAGUUCUGUGGUUCUUUUAUCCAGCACAUUCUGGAGAUGCGAACUGUAAGGAACGAUGGGAUUGAAAAUCGGUAUAGUAUUUUGAUAAGGUUUGAUAGUCAAGAAUUCACAGAUGCAUUUUACCAACAUUUUGGCGGAAAACGGUUCAGUUCUCUGGAGGAAGAUGUUUGCCGGGUACUUUUUACUAUGGAUGUUCAGUUUACCGGCUAUAGUGGAUCCAUUGACAAUACCCAGCCUUCUUCUGCUGGCUCAAUAGAGCAAUCUACUUGCCCAGUUUGUCUAGAGAGGCUAGACCAAGAUACAGGUGGCAUUCUCACAACCUUGUGCAAUCACUCCUUCCAUUGUUCAUGUAUUUCAAAUUGGGCAGAUUCUUCUUGUCCAGUCUGUCGAUAUUGCCAGCAGCAACCUGAAAAUUCAGUAUGUUGUGUUUGUCAAACAUCUGAGAAUCUCUGGAUGUGUGUUAUCUGUGGGUUUGUUGGCUGCGGGAGGUAUAAGGGAGGGCAUGCCAUAAGGCACUGGGAAGAGACAGAGCAUUGUUAUUCUCUUGAGCUUGAAACACAGCGUGUUUGGGAUUAUGCUGGUGAUAACUACGUUCACCGACUUAUUCAAUCCAAAACUGACGGUAAGCUCGUGGAGUUGAAUACUCAUUGUUCGCUUGACGAUGAUAGUCGUGGAAGUUGUGAAUUCUCUGACAGUGGAAUUACCGAUGCUCUCUUGAACAGCAAAGUCGAAUUGAUCAUUGGGGAGUACAAUGAACUGCUCCAUGCACAACUAGAGAACCAAAAACAAUAUUUUGAGAAAUUGCUACAAGAUGUCAAAGAGGAAGCCGAAAAGAAAGUCUCAGAAGCGGUUAGCAAGGCAAUUGGCCAAAGACUGCAAAAGCUGCAAGCCAAGCUUGACAGAUGCGUCCAAGAUAAGAAAUUUCUUGAUGAACUCAAUGAAAACCUUGUGAAAAAUAAGGACAUAUGGAAAGCAAAGAUCACAGAACUGGAAGAAAGGGAGAAGAGAGCAGUUAAAGCAAAGGAUGAAAAGAUUGAGGACCUGGAAGAACAGCUUAGAAAUCUGAUGGCGCAAAUGGAAGAGGAGCAGCCAUCAGAAGAAGUAAAGGAGGGUAAGGAUGGUACGGUCAUACCCAUAUCUGCCAAUUCUUCUUCUUGAUCUCCGUCGGGUGGAAAGGGAAAGGGAAGUAGCAGGGGAAAGGGUUAGAAGAGAAGGAUGUGCAAGAGUCUUGUCUCUCUGUCGACCAUAAAGAGUUCUGUAACAAAUGCAAGCAAUUGUCUGUUCUAAACCAUGAACAAAGUACCAUUGUUUGGCCAUCCAUACACAUUUAACCAUCACGGGUCAAAUUGGUCAACGCGGAAGAAUUCUGCCCAUAUGUUUGUUCAAAGAUA